AUGAAUUCAACAAAUAACAGUCAAAAAAGAGAAAGAGAAGAUAAUGAAGAUAUCAAUAAUAUAGAUAGUAAAUUAAAAAAAACAGAAACAGAAGCAGAUAAAGAAUUUAAACCACCAUCUUUAUUUUCAAAGAAUGAAGAUAACGAUAAUAUAGCUUUUAAAUCAAAUUUUAAACCACCCUCAAAACCAUCAGCAAAACCAUCAUUUGGUGGUAUUUCAUUUAAUAUAACCACUAAAGUAUUACCACCACAACAACAACAACAACAACCAACCAUUAUUAAUAACAAUAAUGACAAUGAAAGCCAUGAAGAAAAAGAAUCUAUAAAUAAUAGCAAUAAUGUUAACAAUGAUAAUAAUAACAAUAACAACAGCAGCAGCAGCAAAACAGCCACAACCGGACCAAUAAAACCAACUACAACAACAAACACAGUUGGACCUCAAAAACCGACAAAUACUGUUGGUCCAACAAGACCAACAAAAAUGGAUGAUGAUGAUAGUAGUGAUAGUAGUGAUAGUAGUGACGAUGAAAAUGAUGAUAAAAAUAAAAUCCAACAAGUAUCAACAACAACAAAAAACAAUAUUGGGCCACAGAAACCAACAACAACAACCACUAAUGUUGGACCACAAAAACCAACAACAACCACUAAUGUUGGACCACAGAAACCAACAACAAAUAAUGUUGGACCACAAAAACCAUCAACCACUAAUGUUGGACCACAAAAACCAACAACAAAUACAAUUGGUCCUCAAAGACCUACAAUAAAAGAUGACGACGAUAGUGAUUCAGAUUCAGAUUCAGAUUCAGAUGAUGAUAAUUCAAAUAAAAUUAAAAAUGAACAACAAGGAAUUGUUGGUCCAACAAGACCAAUAAUGAAAAAAGAUGAUAGUAGUGAUUCAGAUGAUGAUGAUGAUUCAGAUGAUGAUUCAGAUGAUGAUGAAAAAGAAGAAAUUGAAAGAUGGAGACAAUUAGCAAUAUCAUUACCAAUAUCACAUGAAGUUACAAUUAAAGGUCAUGCAAGAACUGUAUCAAGUAUAUCAAUUGAUCCAAGUGGUAGUAGAAUGUUAAGUGGUUCUUAUGAUUGUAAAGUGAAAUUUUGGGAUUUCAAUGGUAUGGAUUCAUCUUUUAGAUCAUUUAGAGAGAUUGAACCAUCAGAGGGUACACAAGUUAGAUCCAUUCAAUUUAGUAAUUUAGGUGAUAUAUUCUCGGCAUUACCAUACACAACUCAAAUUAGAAUCUAUGAUAGGGAUGGUCAUUUCAAGAAUGAAUCGGUUAGUGGUGAUAGAUUCAUUCAGGAUCUCUACCAUACGAAAGGCCAUGUUUCAACAUUGACCGCUCAGUGUUGGCAUCCCACAGAAAGGGAUGAAUUGAUUUCGUCAUCCAUAGAUGGUACUAUUAGAGUUUGGGAUGUGAAUCAGUUGAGCAAGAAUAAGUCUGUCAUAAAAUCAAAGAAUCAAAAGGGUAGUAGAGUGGGUGUUUCCAAUUGUUGUUUUGACCAACGUGGUGAUUUAGUCACUGGUGGUAUGUCUGAUGGUACUAUCGCCCAAUGGGACAAACGUUCGACUUUGUUGAAACCAAAAUUCACUUUUCAAGAUGCCCACGAGUUUGGCACCCAAGUUACCUCGAUUCAAUACAAUCGUGAUUGCUACUCUAUGAUUUCCCGUGGCAUGGAUUCAACAUUACGAGUUUGGGACCUUAGAAAUCCUUUGAAACCCUUGGUGGUUUGGGAUGACCUACUAUGUGAUUACAUUGAAACCAACACUAUAUUCGGCUCCUAUGAUAGAGUGAUUGUAACUGGUACAUCAGCGCCUAAAGGAGGCUUUGGCUCAAUUGUUAUCUACGAUCUAUCAAGUUUAACCAAAAUGAGACAAAUUAGAGUGGACAAUGAUGUUAGUGUAGUCAAUUGUCAUUGGUCAACCAAAUUGAAUCAAAUCUUUUUCGGUUGUUCAGAUUCAUCAAUUCGUGGUUUCUACGAUCCAACUCAAAGUGUAAAUGGUUUGAAACUUUGUGCUUCAAAAGCACCAAGAGUUAAAAAUGUGGCCGAUUUCGAACCUGAUAGACCAAUCAUCACACCAAAUACUCUUCCUCUAUUCAGACAAACUAAUUCUAAAAAAGAAAAGAAAUCUCAAAAAAUUAAUCCUUCAAAAGAACAACUUAAAAGUACAACAUACACUUCAAAUAGUACUAUGAAACAUUUAGUUUCAAAAAUUGGUAUUAUUAAUAAUACUUCUUGGAAAGAAGAUGCAAGAGAAUCUUUCCUUAGAGUAGCAAAUAAAAAAGAACAACAACAACAAGAACAACAAAAAGAGGAAAAAAAAUAA